AUGAGAGUAUUUCAUAGAUUCCCAACUCAACAUGAUGAUUUGAUUCAUGAUGUUAGUUAUGACUUUUAUGGCAAGCGUUUGGCAACUUGCUCUUCGGAUCAGAAAAUUAAAGUGUGGGAUUUGAAUGAAAAUGGUAAGUGGGUGAUGUCUGCAGAGUGGAAAUCACAUUCUGGCUCGGUGUGGAAGGUUGCAUGGGCACAUCCAGAGUAUGGACAGGUUUUGGCAUCGUGCUCUUUUGAUAGAACCGUUUGUAUCUGGGAGGAAGGCGAGGAUGAGAGACAGGUGAAACGUUGGCAACUCAAAGCAACCUUGGUAGACUCACGUGACUCUGUUACCGACAUAAAGUUUGCACCAAAGGCAUUCGGAUUGAGACUGGCAACUUGCUCGUGCGACGGAUACAUUCAAAAAACCAAAACAAAGAGAAAGAAUAUUAGUAGUGAUAUUUUGAAACACAAAGAUCAGUUUGUUCUUGAACAACUAUUGUUUUCAAGAUCGAUUUCAUCUUCGGACUUCUGUAGCUCACCACAACCUCACCAAUAA